ACGUGCGUAAAGAAGAGAAGUUGUUUUGGUCAUGUCUCUCGUGUUUUUGACUUGAAUUCAAUGGAUGACACUUUAAGUAAGUUCGUAGAUGAGACAGGAUGCGAUCCAUCAUUUGCUAGAGAUCUUCUUGAGGGCAAAGAGUGGGAUUAUGACGAGGCAUUGAACACUUUCAAGGAGUUCUCUCUAGAGCCGUCCAAAAGUGAAAGUGUAACCAAAACAAAACCUUUAACUAAACCACAGAGAGGGAUUUCUGUUGUCAAUCCCGACAUAGUAACUAAGGCAAGAACUAAGGUAUUAGAAAGAGAUUGUUCCGCUAAUUCAAGCCAGUUUGAGAGCUAUAAGGACGUGGCUAAAUGCACGUUUGUGCUCCCUGACUUGUCGACCUACCCGCAAGAUCUCGUGGAGUUCCUCCGAGAAGAUUUAAUCGAGACAUCUGCCUUGGUGGCUCUUGAACAAUCAGGUCAUUUAAAUUGGUGGGCUGACAUGGGAUUAUGUCAAAGACUUGUACCUCUUGCUACUGURGGUGAUGGAAACUGUCUUUUGCAUGCAGCYUCACUKGGAAUGUGGGGGUUUCACGAUCGUCUUCUAACACUAAGGAAAGCACUUUAUCGCAAACUAGCUGACGAUCCUGAGAGUGCUGCAAUWAAAAGGCGAUGGAAAUUGCAACAGUUUCAGAAGAACAUGGAAUCUGGAGGACUGGUUUAUAACGAAGAAGAGUGGAAAAAAGAAUGGGAAGAGGUCUUGAGAUUGGCUUCUACGAAUAGAAGAAAAUUGAACUCUUCUGAAUCCAAAAGUUCUUUAAACAAGCCAAUUCCUACAAUACCAGAAGGACAAGCCCAGGAAGACAAGGAAUCCACUGAAAACAAUAACGAAGAAAAUGGAACUGAGUYUAACAAUCAAAAUUGCUCUGAAGCGAAUGAAACAAGUGAUGGGAAGACUUCUGAUGCCGACAAUGAAAAUAAAARCAAACCAAAUGAAGUUGAAAAGGASAAGGAAGAGGAUGAAAAAGAGCUUGAAGGUGCUUUUGAAAGUCUAGAAGAUAUCCAUGUCUUUGUUCUUGCCCAUGUUUUACGCCGUCCUAUUAUCAUUAUAGCUGAUAAGUUCCUGAGAGAUUUCAGUGGUGACCCCAUUGCACCUAUUCCUUUUGGUGGCAUCUACCUUCCCUUUGAGUGCUCUCCUCAAACAUGUCACAAAACACCUCUAAUACUAGUGUUCGARUCAGCUCAUUUUUCAGCUGCAGUUGUCAUUGAAGAUAAAAACAAGCACAACAAGCCUAUGGUUGCCAUACCAGUUGUUGACCGUGACCUUACAAUGUUGCCACUUCACUUCUCUGUUGAUCCUGGAGAAAAGUUCRACUGGAAUUCAUUGAAUGAAGAAACUCAGCUACCAACAAAGAUGGUGCUUAAUCCAGAAAAAAGAUUCAGUUUUCUGGAUAAAUAUUUAGACAUUGCUCACAUAAGGACUUCAAAUGCUACAAAGAAAGAACCACAACAGUUGAAAAAGGAUGGUUAUCAAGCAGUUGAAAAAUCCUCGGUUGAAAGCGACAAGAAAGGCAAAAAAGAAGUCUCUAAAAAUGGAGAAAGCAAAGAGACAUCUUGGCUUGAGAAUUCAAUUAGCAAAGUUGGAAAUUUUGCUGGUAUGAUCAAAAAACUUGUGGACACAAGCACGCUAUGUGUUGCUAAGAUUCAUACAAAUGAAAAGCCUGAUUACUACGAUGAAAUGAUCAGCAAUUACAUUGAUUCAGCCAAAAAGAGAUUUGAAGAGAAAAAACAGAAACAGUUGCAGAAUCCCCAAGGACGUGGGAAGCAACAGCCUUGCAUUUCUCCAGGUUGCUCUAUGUAUGGUAGAGCAGACACUAGCUACCUUUGUUCCAGUUGUUUUAAAACUCAAAAAAGUGCAUCUGAAUCUGGUGCAUACAAGGCUGGCGGUACAGCAUCAACAUCUGGAAACUCAGACAAUUCCAGUAGUUCGCUAAGAUCCUUUUUACCACCAGUUUCAUUAUCUUCAUAUGUACCUUACGACUAUUUCACUUCUACAAGCACCAGGCAGACAGUACAACCUCCAGCAGUCCAACCACCACAACCUCCAGCAGUCCAACCRCCUUCGUAUUCAGAAGCAUGUAAAGGUACAAUGCCAAACAUCACAAGCUCUAAGUGUCGUAAGGACGGUUGUGAAUUUUAUGGGAGUCUUGACAGGCAGGGUUACUGUUCAUCAUGCUUUAAGAAGGAAAUGCCUUCAAUCCAGCAAAAAUAGUUUAGUUUUCACACUUACUUAUGGCAAAUAAAAAUUGCUAAGUGUCAGGGAUGCACUUUAAGAUAACAAGCAAAUAAAUUGGUUUUAUUUAUAACUCUGUUCCAAGAGUGUAGAAACAGCUCUCUAGAGCCAAAUUUAUUAAUGUAACCAUAGGGCAAAAAGUAGAUCAGGGCAACUUUCUUUUUCAUCAAAAUCAAAUGAAAAAAUGUGUAUUUAAAUGUCAUAAAAUUAUUUAGUUUCUGUGUGAUUUUAAAAUUAUUUAAUUUAUAUUAGAUAAAAAACAUGAGGCAGUUUUUCUUGGGACACCAUUUUAUUUAACAACAAAUUUGAAAUAACAGGUAUGGGAUUAGUAUUUAACUAUUUUAUUUGUAAAAGUACAGUAAAUUUUCAUCAGACUGAAAGAGCAAAUAAGUUGAACAGAGUUUGUUAGACUGGCUCAAUAAAGAGAGCAAUGAAGCAACAUUAUUAUUCUUCAAUUGACCCUCAUGAAUAUUUGAGUUUAUCCCAAGGCAUGCAGCCAUAUUGAGCUGGGUUGUUAAACUCUGAAUAGGUUUAGAAAUGUUAGUAGGCUAAUUUUCUUCUUUGCAAAUGUGACAUCAUUUCACAGUCAAAUUAAAAACACUGACUUGUGGCUUAGUGUUGUAUAGCUCAUUAAUGUACAUUGUACAGUGUCUAAAUCUUUACCUAACAUGUUUGCCAUCAUUUUCUGAAUUAAAUUGCAUAUCUCACAAAUCUGAGAUAGUUUACUGUCGUCAAAACAUGACCUUAAACAUGCAAAAAAAAUUGCAAUGGAAAUUAUCUGAAAAUUGUGAAUAAUAUGGAUACUAUUUGGUGACUUCUUUGAAUGAAAGAAUCAGUCAAUACUACAACUGUUAAGGAGGGUUCUUACUAGUGAUUUUAGCAUCAAUUUUGUGGUCAUUUUGAUCCUAGAGAAUACUGUUAAAGAAUCAACUUGUUAAGUUUAAAAGCUAACAACUCUUCAGAAGGUUAAGAGAAAAUCUAUUAUAUUCUUGAAAACUUCCAGAGAAAUUGCCACAAAAAUCACAGGUGUGAACCAGCCUUUCGGGAGUGCAUAUACUUAAUCCAUGAAUAUAAAUAGUUAUUUGAGGUGCUAAUUUCUUGUUUUGUAUUGUUUAAUAAACACCAUUUAAUAGC